AUCAAUAAAACCUCCAUCCAGGCCCUGGUCGCCGGCGCGUCAGCCCGAACGAAACCAGCCCGGCUCGACUGUCCUUCCGAGGCCGACGCUCCGACCUCGGUUCUUCUUGUUCCCCACGGUCGUUAUAGGCUUCCUCGACUACGAGAUCGAGCGCGCGAGAUGAGCCCCCGGGAGACGAGGACUGUUAUCUUUUCAAGGAAUCGCGAAAUAGUUUCGACGUAAAAGAUCCAAGCCGAUCGUGGAUUGAGUUCUGUUUCUUAUUUUCAAAAAAGAGUUAUAUUGCUUGUUGAAAACCCUUCGAUUCAUCCAUUCGGUGAAGGAGAGGAGGAUUGAAGGGAUCAAGAGAGACGAUGGAGGCAUCAUCAGUUCUGGCGGAGGAUGGAGCAGUGGGAACAGCUCCUCUGCCGCCGCCGAAUGAGAAAGGGAACGAUGACGGCGCCGGCGGCGCGGCUGUGGAAUCGGGGAACCGGGAAAGAGUCGUGGAAGCGUUCAGGCAUCGCGUCGAUGACCUAGUUUCCAAGACCGAUGAGGUGGAGCUAAAGGUGAAUGAUAUCACGCAGUUCUAUGCGAGUAAAAAACAGCCCAACAAUUCUAAGGGGAGCUCGGUCAUGAAGGAUAAAGAUAAGGAGAAAUCUCUUGGGAUUAACAGUGGCACUAACAUUGUUAAUAAUAGUGGAAGCAAUGGUAAUGCUAAGAAGCAGGUGGAUGGGUCUCGAAAGGAAGUGGUUUGCUCGAAAAGAAUGCAGGAGCUUAUGCGCCAGUUUGGCACGAUAUUGAAGCAGAUCACACAGCACAAGUGGGCUUGGCCAUUUAUGAAACCUGUAGAAGUUGAAGCUCUUGGUCUCCAUGACUACUAUGAGGUUAUUAAGAAACCCAUGGAUUUCAGUACUAUCAAAAAUCAGAUGGAAGCAAAGGAUGGCAGCGGAUAUAAAAAUGUUAGGGAAAUAUACGCUGAUGUAAGAUUAAUCUUCACAAAUGCAAUGACAUACAAUGAUGAGAGAAGUGAUGUUCAUGUGAUGGCAAAAACGUUGCUGGAGAAAUUUGAAGAGAAAUGGCUGCAAUUAUUGCCCAAAGUGGUUGAAGAGGAAAAAAGACAAAAGGAGGAGGAGGCACGAGCACUUGCAAAUAUGCAGAUGGCUCGAGAGGCUGCUUUUGCAAGUAUGGCAAGAGAGACAAACAAUGAGCUUGAUGAGCUCAAUUUGCACUUGCAAGAUCUUAGAGAAUCAGUGAUCCAGAGAUGCAGAAAAAUGUCUGCAGAUGAGAAAAGAAAACUUGGCGUGGGGCUGAGUUCUUUAUCCCCUGAAGAUAUUACCAAGGCACUAGAGAUUAUUGCUCAACACAAUCCGAGCUUCCCAGUUGCUGCUGAAGAGGUGGACCUCGAUAUGGAUGCUCAGAGUGAAAGCACAUUGUGGAGGCUCAAAUUCUUUGUGAAGAGUGCAUUGGAACUUCAAGCCAAAAAUUCUGCAAGCAAGGCUGAUGAUAACUCAAAACGGAAGAAGGAGAUAUGUGAUGCUCUGGCCAAGACUGCAAAGAAACGGAACAAAAAGCUUUCCUCAUGAUGUUAUUUAUUAAUUUGUCAAACCUAUGCACCUAUUAACCUGACUGAACAAAAUAUCAGAUGUUAAGUGCUAGAUAACAAAUUAGUUAAUCUUGCAUGUGCAGUAAGUUCUUUUUACUAUUUGCCAUUUAGAAGAAAUUUUGGUUAAAGAAAGUUGGUAUGGGUUACAAUGCUGAUGAAAUGGCCAAACCUGGCAGAACCUAUUUUGCAGCUAGAAAUGAAUUCCAACAUUUUUGCUA